AUGGACCCCAAAGCCACCAAGUCUUACGAAGCUUUCCGGGUGCUGCCCAUCAUCGAAACCCUGCCUGGAAACCAAAGAGUCGAGUCUCUUUGCUGCUGGAAUGGAUACUUGCUUGUCGGGCUGCAUGAUGGCACCAUUGUGCAGUUCCUGAGCCAGCAGGGUGACGGGCUCUGGCAGGAUGGCGUCAACCUGCUAACGCUGCCCGACAUGAAACUCAAGUUCCAGCCCAUGGGUUCACGAGGGGCGUCCCUGUUUGCCUGGAGCGAGGAAGGCCAAACCCUGGCCGUUGCCGUCCGGCGAAAGGUUAUUCUCUACCACCUGCACGGAAGCGACCUGCUGGAUGCGGGGGAGCGCAGUGCGCCCGACCUGGUGUCGGCUAUGGUAUGGGUAGCCGCGGGCAUGUUGCUGCUGGGCAUGCGGCGACAAUAUGUGCUGCUCAAUACGGCCACGGGUGCCGUGACCGAUGUGGGCCCUACGGGCUGUGCGCCCCACCCGCUGGCAGUCUUAUGCCCCGGCGGCCAGGAAAUGCUUCUCGCACGCGACAAUAGCACAUAUUACCACAGCCCCGUGGACGGCCGCUACAGCCGCCGGCGCCACCUGCUGUGGUCGGAGCCAUUGCUGGCGCUGGUGGCAGCGGGCCAGCACGCGGUUGCCAUGACAGCAAGGGGAUUGGAGAGGAUGGCAUUGCCGGAGCCGCAGCGGCCCGCGGCGCCGGCCGUAUCGGAAGACGGGUCGGUGUUCGUGGUGGCGACUGCACCGCAGCUACCGACAACGGCGGCAGCAGGGCCGGGGGCGACGCCGGCGACGUCGGUUGCACAGGCAACAGCUGCAGCAACGGCCGCCAGCGGCACCGGCAGCACCAUUUACCGGCUAGCACCGGUACCGCUUGAGGAGCAGGCGCACACGCUGGCUGAGAUGGGCGAGUACGGCGAAGCGCUGGCCCUCGCGGCGCUGAUAGAUGUCGACGAGGGGACAACGGCAGGCGGCAUCGCUGCGCGGGAAUCAGGCGGCGGAGCUGGACCCGCAGCCGCCGGGGACCCGGAGCCGCGCGCCGCAGCCGCCGCCACCAGCAGCGAUGGCGGUGGGGUCGCGGACCUGGAUUUCCGUCCGAAUUCGCGCCCGGGUUCGAGUCGUCGUGAGCUUCUGGAGGAGCGGCUGCGGCUGGCGUAUGGACAUUACCUGUUCCGGGAGGGCGAGUACGAUGGGGGCAUGGCGCAGCUGGCACUGUGCAAGUCGACCACGGCGUUGGUGCUGCUGCGCCUGUUUCCGUCCCUUGUGCCGCCCAAGUUCAAGCACCAUCUGCCCACGCACGCAGCGGGCCAGCCGCUGCCGGCGUUUUCGGAACCGAUUGGAGAGGCGUAUGUUACGGCGGUAUCGCAGCUGCUGCCGUACAUCCUGAGCCACCGCACCCGCGCAAUCAAUGCACUGGCGGAGACGAAGGCCCAGGGGCCCGCGACCACGGCGGCGGCGGCCACGGCGCAGCAGCGAGAGGACGAGAGGGAGAACAAGGUGAAAGAGCGCCGGCCGGCUGCUGCUGCAAACGGAAAACCCGCGGUGAAUGGGGUUUCGUGCGCUACGACACAAGGUAUGGUGGAAGCAGUGGAGAGGUCUUCGGCACCUGCUUCGGCGUCCUCUCCCACUGGCGGGGAAGGCCAGGGCGGCACUGGCGAGUUGCUGGUCAUUUUGGACACCGCAAUCGUGCGCAUCAUGGUUGCGAUGCCGGACAGCGGAUCUCUGCUGCGCUUCGUGCAACUGCCCAACUACGUGGACCUCCAGGAAGGCGAGGUGGCGCUGGAGGAGAGCGGCAUGUAUGCCGAGCUGGCCGCCCUCUACAAGUGCAACGGCUGUCACGAGAAGGGCCUGGAGCUGCUACGCAAGCUCAGCCAGGACCCGGGGGCCCUGCCGAACCCGGCACGGGGAGCUGCUGCGGACCUGCCGGGACUGCCCGGCGUGUGGGCGGCGGUGCGCUACAUGGUCUCCCUCUCCGCCGCCGACGCCGACGCCAUCCAGCGCCACGCCGGAUGGAUCCUGGCCGCCGACGCGGAGGCAGGCCUGUCGGCGCUGCUGCACAUGCGGCCGCCGCUGCACCCCUCCCUGGCGUUGUCCAUCCUCAACCAGCACAGCGCCCACUACUGUGGACUGUACUUGGAGACAGCGCUGCAAAUUGGUGUGGCGCUGCCUCAGGACUAUCACAAUGAGCUGCUGCUCAUUUACCUGAGGGACAUACUCGCCAAGGAGCCGCUCUCGCCGAGCCGCGCCAACAACCACAGAGGUGACGAGCUCAAGGAGCUGCUGCUGGCGCACCGCCCCGACCCCGACCAGCCCCCCGUGCUGUUCCCGGAGGACCUGGCGCACGCAUUACUCAAGCCGCGCGCGUCGGCGGCGGCGGCGCGGCGCUUCGCCAGCGCGCCGGCGUCCUCCGUCGGGACACCCGCCGCCGGCAUAUCGCGUGUGGGCUCCCGGUCCAGCGUACAGAGCUUCGGGGACAGUGCAGGGCCGGCGAAGAGGGCGGGGCAUGCGUCGACGGCGGAGAUGGAGGCGACGGAAGGGUCAUCAAGCAGCGAGAGUGAGGAGGAACGGGGAGUGAAGGAGGCGGGCCCUGAGGCGGAAGUGCAACGGCCGGCAAGGCCGGUGACGGCGAACGGCAACGGUGUGGUGGCUGUACGGCCGCCACUGCCGCAUGCACGGGCGUCGCCGCUGCCGAGCGGUGACGGCAGCGGCGGCGGCAGCAGUGGCGGCGCUGCCACGGAACAGACUGCGUCUGGGGAGCUUCCGGCCAAGGCAUCGGUGCCGCGCCAGCGCGGCCGUAGCGCAAAGGCGGCAGCCACGGGUGGUGAUCGACCGAAGCGGCCGCGGCGGCCUAGGCGCUCCAGCACCGGCGCGCUGGACACUCUUGCCGGCGGUAAGCCGCCCGCACCCCAAGGGGCUUCCGCAGCAGCUGGCUCCACGUCUCCGUCCGGUGGAGGCCAUGGUGAGGCCGCAGGAGCCGCGGCCGCUGCCGCCGCCGCUGCUGCCGCAGCAGCAGCGGGACCGUCCCUGUACCAACGGCUCCGAGACCUAGUUUACACGUCGCCGUAUAUCGACCCGGGAUAUGUGCUUGACAAGCUGCCGCUGGGGGAGCUUCUAGAGAUCCGUGCGCUCAUGUUGGAGAGGCUGGGCAACCACCGGGAGGCGUUACGGCUGUACGUCCAUGCGUUGAAGGACCUGGGGGCGGCGGAGGCGUACUGCGACCGCGUGUACGCCAGCUCCGCUGGCGGAGGCGGCGGUCGUGGCACUUUGUCCGUGGCGGCUGCACCGCUGUUCCGCGGCCCCAAUCGCGGCCUUGCUGGGCUGGACGCCGGUGUCCUAGGUGAUCCCGCGCAACCAGGGGACAUAUAUCUGGAGUUAGUGCGGGCGCUGUACGACGGCCCGGAGAGCUGUCCCUCUGCGCGGGCAUUGGCGGCAGCGGCGCCAGGCGGUUCGUCGUCGUCGGCGGCGGCGGCGGCGGGGACCUGGCUGGUAUCCUUGCCGUCGAUGUCGCGGGGGGCAGCGGAGGGCAGCGGGGGCCCGCAGCUAGAGCCGGCGAUGUGGCAGGCGCUGUCGUGUUUGCUCAGCCGGAAACGUGACCGACUUGACCCCAUGCAGGUAUUGGGCAUGCUGCCUGACGGCGUCGCGGUGGCGGAUGUAUUGCCAUGGCUGGAAGGCGCGCUGCGCUUCAUGCUGGAGGCCCGACGCAACCUAGCCGUGAUUCGACAGCUGCGCCGCAGCGAGAACCUGACGGCGCUGGAUGAGGCAGUGCGCGUGAGGCAGCAGCGCGUGGUCGUCACCACGGAACGCGCGUGCUCCUUGUGCCAUAAGCGGCUGGGCGGCGCCGCAUUCGUGGCGUACCCAGGGGGCCUGUUGGCUCACUACUCUUGCCACAUGCGGCAUAUCGGGGGCACCGGGGCCGGAGGUGGCGGAGGCGGUGGCGGUGCGGAGCUGUCCGGCGGUAGUUUUAUGGCUGCUGUGGCCCCGGGGUUCCGCCAUUUGGUGGAGGGGCAUCCUGGUGCAGGGCGAGGAGGAGUGCGGGGCCCCAGUGCCGGCGGGGCGGAGCUGGCGGCGUGGGCGUAG